AUGAAUCCCCCGAUUCUCCUCCGUUCCAUCAUCACAUCGGCUCAGUUUCGACGGGAGCUCUUCUUCGUUUUUAUCUGUUUUCUGAUCACAAAUGCUUUACUCACCAUUAUCUACAUCUUUCUACCAAAUAUCUACGAUGUGGCGGCCAUCGUGAACACGAACACUCGUUUUGUGCCGCUGAGACGAUUCGUGCACGCACUUCAAUUCGUGUUUGCUCUCUUCUCUGUAAUCAACAAUUCGAUGGCUGUUGUCUAUUGUUUCCGAAGUCGGCUCUUCACUCGAACUGUCAUUCGGCUAAUGUUGAGCGAUUCGAUCGCCAAGGGCACAUUCUCCGUCAUUCUCUUAUGGGCAUUCCUCUCACAGCUCACCCAAUGUUCCCCAUUCCCGAAAUGUUCGGACAACGUGGUGCUGACAACGGUCUUCUUUUGGGUUCACCUCUUCCUGGGGUCCGGCUACUACAUUUCGGGUUUCUUGCAAAUUGCUUUCUCGCUAAAUCGCUUUCUUGCCCUCUCGUUCAACGGGCUCUACUCGCAACAUUCACAGAAAUAUUCGGCUCUUCAAAUCGGUUUCCCGGUAUUGGCUGGAGUGAUCGCGGAACGGUUGCAAAUAUUCUAUGACAGCGUUUUGAUGGAUAUGAGAUUUAUUUUUGUUUCCGCGACACUGCCGCUCGAUUUGAUUCUCAUUUACAAAUUGGCGAAAAACAAAGUAAAGAAAAUCGAUUUGGCCACCGAGCGCUUCCUUUUGGUGCAAUACCGAGAGUUCUUUGCAGUGCGAGCACGAUUUUCCUAUUGCGAAGAGCCGAGAAGGAGCAAUGGCGGAAAAGGCAUCGCGCGAAUCGGGUCCUCCAAUUGGCGUCACGAUUUUGAGAGAAAUAAACAAUCAAUAGCUUUCGGUUUCCCAGUCGGCCUUCUC